GCGUAUCUGCUACGUGUCCACCACUAUACUCAACGACCGACUCAAGCUAUCGCGCCCGAAUGGACUCAGGACACAAGACAGAGUCUCAAAGUCCAGACGAUUAUACCCCCACCACCGCGUGGACCUCUUUUGCUCAUAAGAGGUCGGCAAAUCUUCAUGGCCUGACGUCGUACAGCGACCGCGAAGUUAUCGCCCAUGCUGAGCGUCAACUUGCGAGAGAAAUUGACGCCGUCCAAGCUGCCCUGCUAGUCCUGCGGUCACAGAAAAACAAUAUAUCUCUUCUGGCCCGUGUCCCCCACGAGGUAUUCUCCGAAAUCUUUGCGUUUCUUGCCGUGGGGUCUCCUCCUGGCACUCACAACGCGCUCGGGUGGAUCGUCGUUACGCACGUCUGCCAUAGAUGGAGGGCCAUCGCCUUGAGGGAUUCGUCGCUCUGGAAAAUCGUGGAUCACGAUAUGGGUCCCCAGUGGAUGAAGAUCAGGCUGGCGCGUUCUGAACCGAUCCCUAUCCAUCUCGAGUUACGGUUCCCGCUAUCUGGGUCUGCUCUCAACGACGAAGUGCUCACUGUUGCACUCUCUCAACUUCACCGCAUAGAGCGCCUCGGUCUCUAUGACAACAUCCUUCAGGCGAAUUUCGAGCUCAUUCGCGACCUCUUGGCCCAAGAUUCAGCCACACUUCGUAAAAUUGUCAUAGUAUCCUCAUCCCACUUCGUCCUCACUACGGAUACUUUCACUGGAAAUUUCCCCAACUUACGCUCGAUGACCCUGAGAGAUACUCAGGUGACCUGGGAUGGCUCUAUCUUUGCGGGGCUUGCGUCCUUGACCAUGGUCGGCAAAUGCGUCAAAAAACCGGAAAUCGGACAGAUGUUGGCUGUUCUAGGUGGCAUGCCCAGCCUGCAGAAUCUCACCCUUUCAAAUAUUCUUCCUGACGCUGAACCGGGAGAAGACAAUUGGACGGCCCGGAGUGGACCUACGCAACUCAAGAGUCUCCGCUACCUCAAACUCAAUGACAAUCUGCUUCAAUGCGCCCAAUUUCUGGCCUCCGUUCGACUCCCAAUGGAUGCCAGUCUCAGUCUCACCAUUCAAUGCGACGAGGCCCUCCGAUUCCUCGGACGUUAUGUCAAGGAAAUCAUUUGUGUGGUGCUACGUCUUUCCUUUCGCACACGCAUCGGCGUCCCUGUGACCCUUCAGAGCCUUACCAUUUCUUGCGGCGUACCUUCGAACCAACCUAUUGGCAUGCAGCUCGAGCUGGUGGGCAUCCCUCACAAGUCGUCCGAAAUGCAGCACUCCGAGGAAUUCCAUUUCCGUAAACCCUAUUACCACCUCUGUUUCGUAGUCGGGAAACACGGUGACCAACCCGCGACAUAUCGCAACAAACUCGAACAAUUCAUCGUCCCUGCCGUUUUCAAGGGUUUAGAUGUCCCGAAGCUCGUACACGUCAAAGUGGACGUCGAGCCCUUGUCCGUACAUUACGAUUAUUUCGCUUGGGCAUUCCGCAACGCAAUAUACCUCUCCCGCGUGUUCGUCGCCGGCUCAAUGGGAGCCGAUUUUUGGAGCGACUUGCAGUAUUGUCGACAUCUUCUUUCAGCCAAUGAUUCAUCCUUAUUGUCGACAAAGGAGUAUCCUUUCCAUCACGCACGGACGAUCAAGAUCUCAAGAGCCGAUCUCUCUCGAUUUCCAGGAGGUCUGAGCAAAGAAAUUGUAGAAGAGCGCGUCAGUAUGGGCACAUCGCCGAUAGCCAAGAUCAUGAUCAAGGACUGCAUCGUCCGGCCGAACUUCGUAGCCGACUGCACUCGAGCACUGGCGAGCAGGAAGGGAACGGUCGUAUGGGACGGGAAGGGUGUCGUACAUGUCUCGGAGGAUCCAGAACAGGAAGAUAACCAGCAUGAGGGCAGUUUCGAGGGUAAUGACCAGUAGGUAUACCCCACCUCGCUAUAGGCGUAAUUCACUCAGAUUCUCCUCCGCUACUUGAAU